CCCGAACUCAUCGCCUCUACCUCUUCCACAUCAUUUGAUCUAAUCACUACUCUCACACUUCUCAUAUAGUCCAUGAUCCUUUCUUUCCUUGGGGUAGUCGUGAUAUAGUUGAUCUGUCGUUAUGGCGUCCGCUGGCGGCCGGCGAUGGCAACAGUUCCUUCAGGAACUUGUCAUGAUCGCGGGAACAUCCGCAUCCGCAUAUUUCCUGAUUCGCUACCUUCUUUCGCGCAUCGAUUUCGACCCCGAAAGCUCCAAGAAAGAAGAGCAGAAGCGCAAAUCAGCGGCCAUUCUGCGAAGGCUAGAUAGAACCGAGGAGUCGGAAGAUGAGUCGCCCAGGCGGGGUGGACGGCGACGGAGACAGCGGAAGGAAGACCUAGAGUUGACGCAAUAUGAGCAAGCUAUUGCUAUGGAUGUGGUUGCACCGGAGGACAUUCCUGUCUCGUUCGAGGACAUUGGGGGUCUUGACGAGAUCAUCGAAGAGCUGAAGGAAUCCGUCAUAUACCCGCUGACCAUGCCCCAUCUAUAUUCAUCUACGUCUUCGCUGCUCUCGGCGCCGUCUGGUGUCCUACUCUACGGCCCUCCAGGUUGCGGAAAGACCAUGUUGGCAAAGGCAUUAGCUCACGAGAGUGGAGCGUGCUUCAUUAAUCUGCAUAUCUCUACGUUGACGGAGAAAUGGUAUGGUGACUCGAAUAAACUUGUCAACGCCGUUUUCUCUUUGGCCAGGAAGCUCCAGCCUUCCAUCGUGUUUAUUGAUGAGAUUGACGCCGUCUUGGGAACACGGAGAAGUGGCGAGCAUGAAGCCAGCGGUAUGGUCAAGGCAGAGUUCAUGACGCACUGGGAUGGCCUCACAUCGGCCAACUCGAUGGGCGAGCCUCAACGGGUCAUGGUCCUGGGUGCUACCAACAGAAUCCAAGAUAUCGAUGAAGCAAUCUUGAGACGAAUGCCGAAGAAAUUUCCCGUCACGCUACCGCCAGCACCGCAGCGUCUACGGAUAUUGGCUCUUAUCUUGAAGGACACCAAGAUCGACCGGGAGAACUUUGACCUUGACUAUCUUGUUCGCAUGAUGGCGGGUAUGUCCGGCAGCGAUAUCAAAGAGGCCUGCCGCGAUGCAGCCAUGGUCCCUAUCCGGGAACUCAUUCGGCAGAAGAAGGCGGCCAGUGUGCAUAUGACGUCCGUGGAUCCCAGCGAGGUGCGAGGACUCCGUACGGACGACUUCUUCACUCGGGCAGGAGGCGUGAAGGUCAUUCCUAAGCCUGCACCCUCACUGGAUGCAAGCAAAACUGUGUCGGAGAAAGAAUGGGUCACCGACGAUGAGGUUGGUGAAGAAGCUGAUGCUCCAUCAACUGCGCCAGUGGCCGAGCCGCCCGAAUAGGUAUUCAAUAGAGCCCCUUGCGACCCUUCUCAUGCCGGAAUACAUCAUCCCGAGGGACUGGCGUUGCGGACAUAUCCACCACGAGCUGAUCGAGAGAUGUCUGUUUAUGUUAAAUCACUCCACCACGAUCUUCCGGUCAUACAUGUUGCCAUUAAUAGGCCUUUGCUGGCCGUGUAUUUAGAAUUCCUUGUCGUUACAGCCGCCUUUGGCAUGCUCUCCCAGAGAUGUUGACGGUAUUUUGCCUGUAGAUACCAGAGUUAACGAUUUGCUCGAGGUUCACAUGAUCGCAAUUCCGGUAAACCGACUGCGAGUAAGACUUGAGGAAGCCGCCAUAGAUAGAUAGACGUUUCACCCACCAAACCGGAAAACAGAGUGUGAACGACCUACCUGAAGUGGCCUUGAAGCGCCUUGAGACAGUAUCUUUGAGACAGUAUCUAGGCAUGAAAUCGUUCAGGCCACAGAC